UACUAAUAAUACUUUUCCGUAUUCAAAAGCAAAACCCAACAAAAAAUCAACUUUAUUAAUAAAUAGACAAAAGAAGCCAACAACAAAAAACAAAAAUUUGCUUAAAUAUAAGAAUGAAACAUUACUUAAAGAACUUGAUAGUUUAGUUGAAGAUAUUAUACUACCCUUCCAAGAUAGUAAAACUUCAACAAAAGACAAUUCUAAUCAAAAUACAUAUGAUGAGAUGGAGAAUUCGGAAGAUCAAAUGCAAGAAUUUCUUGAUAAUUCAAAAGAAAUACUGGUUAAAGAUUUUGAAAAUGCUGUACAUCAAUUAUCGAAAUUUAAUGUGAAGGAAUAA